AUGAUAAACAUCGUCCAAGCAGCAUUAGCUCUGUUUGUGGGUUUCAUAUAUCUGAUAACAUACAAGAAGCAAAACCCACUCGCAGUGUUUUUCAAUAAUGACAAGCAGGACUCGUUGAAAUUUUUGAAAUCGUUUGUGCUUAUCGCCCUUACCACAUCACUUGCGGGGCCGCUUGGAUACCAAUCGCUCAAACAUGUGGAUUACUUGGCUUACUUACUUGCCAAGCUGUGCAAAUUGAUCCCAGUGAUGGUGGUUCAUUUGUUAUUUUACGGGACUCGCUUUCCUAUGUACAAAUAUUUCGUCGCUGUGACUGUGACGUUAGGCGUGGUAAUGUUUACUUUGAACCACGGGAAACCUAGCAAAGGAUCGAACAAUGAUGGUAACACUGCUUUGGGGUUAGCAUACCUUGCGGCGUCAAUGUUUUUGGACGGCUUAACUAACUCGACUCAAGAUCAAAUGUUCAAAUCGAGCGCUGGUGUCAGAACAAAAGUCACCGGGGCAAACUUGAUGUGCAUCCUUAACUUCUUCGUGCUCGUGUUAUCAUUGGCAUAUGUAUUUACUUUCCGCUUCGAUGAAGUUCAGUACUUUGUGAAUUUUUGUAUUGAGUACCCUGCUGUUCUCAGAAACAUUUUUGAAUUUGGGGGUCUCGGCGCUUUGGGCCAGGUGUUUGUGUUUAUUAUUUUGGAACAGUUUGACUCGCUUAUUCUCAUCUCCGCUACGGUUACCCGAAAGAUGCUUCUGAUGAUUCUUUCGGUGGUUUUCUUCAACCAUUCGUUGACCACCGGUCAAUGGGUCGGAGUAGGACUUGUGUUUGCCGGUAUUGGCUAUGAAUCCUGGGUUAAAAGCCGGCAAAACGCCGCGGUUAAACCUAAACAAGCUUAG